CUUGAGAUGACGACCGACAACCGACCGACACCGUGGCUGCUGCUUGCUUCGCCGAUUGCGCUGCAGAUUCUCGACUACCUCGACGACUCGUUUGACGCGUGCGCCUUUCUUCAAGCAGCGCCCGACGGCAGCCUCGAUGACGCGCUCGACGCGCUACGGACGCUCUUGGCCAUGGACUUGGACUCGCUCGAUGAACUUUGGCCGAGAGCCGACAUUGCUCCUCUGGACGAGGCCUACAGACACGAUCCGAGCGUCGUCGCGAGGGCGCUUCCUCUCAUCAAGAAGAUUGAUUUGGGCUUCUGCAGGAACUCGUCGAGCAUUUGUCAUGCCACAGCGCUGCCACCGACGACCGCCGUGAGCGCCUACAUCGACCUCGACGACAUCAGUGUCCGCACACUCCUCGGCAAGUGGCUGCCCAACCUCGUGGAUCUCAAAGUUGUGAGCCAAAAUGAGCGCAAUGUUGCGCGUAUUGUCCAGAACGACCUCUCGGCAUGCCACGGCCUCCGUGCAUUGACCCUCGCCCAGCACGCAAAGAUUACCCAAGGCACGUUUACCGAUGUGCUCUCGGCAGUCGUCGCACAGUGUCCCUACGUCGAGCGUAUCGGUUUCGAAUCGACCAAGCUCUCGCUCAUGUCCAACGGCAAGGCGCUUCUCGCGUGGCUAACGCGGUCACAUGCCCACCGUCUCGAGCUGCAUCACAUUGACUUUCACGAUGAGCUCUGUGACGAGUUGGCCACGGCCCUGCUCACGUCCACGUCGCUCGAGACGAUCGUACUCUCGGGAGGUCCGAGCCUCACGCGCGCAAUGUUCAGUCCGUCGUCGCCGCCGCUGCCGCAGCAACUCCGUCACCUGACGAUCUUUGACUACCUCCACGAGUAUGAUAGUUCCAGCUACGCGAUGGCGUACGAUUGGGAUUAUCGCGCGCCGGUGUUCUUCCUCCACGGUGCCUUGGGCGCUCUCGCCGCCAAGAUUGCAGCCUCACGCCUUGAAACUUUGGAGUUGGGGCCGCACUAUCCCACCAAUCUCACGUCCGUGGUGAACAUCUUGCCGUCGCUGAAGACGCUAACGAAACUCCGACUCCAGGAGACCCAAUUGACCGCGUUCCCACCGCUGCGGCAGCUCUUGCAUCUCGAGAUGACCCGCAUGUAUGUUACCGACGAGGCCUUUGCGUCGCUCACCACGCUGCUUGGCUCAUCGCCCGAUCUCGUGCAUCUCGAUCUCGAUUUCGAUGGGCGCACUUUCUGGAGCCUGCCGCCCGACGACGACGUCGAGACGAUGCUGCGGGCCAUGGCUCACUGGUUGAGCCAUCGUGGGGCCGAUUGCAACGUCCGCCUCAACAUCAAGACCGAUGCGAGCGCCACGGCCCUCGUAGCGGCACUCGCACAGACGCGCAGCUCGCAUGAGAUCACGUUCUCGAUUGGCGCCUACGGCAUCUCGCUCGACGUCAAGGAGCAGCUUGUCGCGGCACUCGCGUCAAGCGCAUCAUCGCAAUCUCAUGUGUCGAGUUCUUCACUCUACACGAGCGGGCUCGGCCUAAUCAACGAGUCCUAAUCGAGUCCUAAUCGAUAAUCAACGGCUGACCGCAUCUCGCGACGAGCACAUGACCUAAGAAGAAAGAGUUUGCGACA